AUGGCAAGAGUUACAGAAUAUUCAAUUCGUGAAGUUUCGGAACAAGUGAAAAGAAGUGCUAAGCAACAAUCGUGUUCGCCUCUGGUGAAAAAACGUAAACAUGCUCAAGGUGUCAAUUCUGAGGCUGACUUGAGUAAAUCGGGAGUGUUAAAAGAACUUGAGAACGAGCCGAAAGCAUCGAAAACGAGUGAUGAAGAAGGAACGGAAUCUAAAGCAGAUGAUCUAACAUCUGAUAAUUCAGCGAUACUGUCAUUUGCUGAACCAACGGUGGUGAGUUCACGGCGUCGCACUAAACAAGGGGCGCCACAAUGGUCAUUACGAAAAAUCACUAUCCACAAGUGCCUCCAUGAGCGAUUACUAAAAUUUCUCGUUUGUUCGGAACAUGACAUUGAAAAAUUUGCGGAAGAAAUGGAUCAUUGCAUGAAUUCGGUUCCUAUAAUUAUUGUCCCAAAUACCUGUGAGUCAUUGGUUGGGAUAUUCAACAUCAAAUAUUUGCUGCAAGAUUUGAAAUUCGAGAGGAAUGUAGAAAGGCCAUAUUUCAUUGACAGACCUUCUAUGAUUAUACACAGACCUCAUUCGGAUGGUAGUUCAUCACCUUACCAAAUUUGUGACGAUCCUUGGACAUUAACAACACGAGAAUGGCUUCGUGUAGUAGCGGCAUUCACUUACGGGCAUCCUUCCCAGUUCACAGGAUGGCCUUGCAAAGGCGAUCCAUCUGUAAUUUUCAGAAAAAUUUGUGGAUUCCAUGUUAAAUACAGUGAUGUUCCAGUUCCUGAGGGUGUUGAGAAACAAAAAGUUUUUAUAAUUGAAGUGAAUCGCAAUGACAGGACCAAGGAUAUGUGUCGGAAAUCAGUGCUGGGCCUACCCGAGGUUGAGCUGGGCGGCUGGACGUGGUCCCCUGGUCUUCGGGCACCAUUGGGCCUAGUCGCUGUAAAGCCGACUGGCGUAUUGGCACUUGUAAGUCACUCUCGGACCCCGCCAAUGGGCUUGGAUGGUUUAUUACCAACCGGCGAUGGAGAUGUCUUCCUGGCGGUCCAUAUGGUCUGA